AUGUCUCGCGAGCGGUCGAUGCAAGAUGCUACGAGGGACACGGCCAAUACCGCGAUCAUGAACCCAAGGUAUUCGUUCCUACAUUUCGCCGGGGAAAUUCGAAACCUCAUCUACAAGAAAGUGCUGGAAGAGCCUCCAGUGGAAGUCAAGCGCAACACGUGGAUGCGAGACUUGCUCAUGCGUGCCCCUCUUGCCAAUGUCAGCAGACAGAUUCGGAAGGAAUUCUUGAGCUUGGUGGAAAAUUCUGGUAUGAUGCGAAUCGAGAGGAUACACACGGCUGUUUUCGAGAUACUGACAGCGGUCUAGCUGAAGAGCGACUCAUCGUCCACAAUAUGGACCUCGAUGGCAGCGGGCCGGGAUAUCCGGACCCUGGAUGCUCGCCACUCCGUAUGCUCCUCUGCCGUGCGAGGACAGGCCCAGCGGGGCAGGGGAUGCUCAAGCUGCAUAUGAUCUUCACAUUCGACAGUGUGGCCAAGCUUUGUCCAAACCACUUCGAUCUGAUGUCAUGGCUCACGUGGGUCGCAUUUGCGGUGGAAGAAGGUCAUGAGCUUGAUUUGAACUAUGCUGGUAUUUUUUGCCGGACAGGAGGGGAUAGCAGAGAUGAGAGCCUAGUGUGCAUUAGGCGAACUUGCCUCGACAGAUUAGUAGGCUUCACGAAUGAUGCGAAUGGUGCGGAAAUUUGGGAGGCGAUCCGCAGCGCGUUCCCACGUGCUGUGCAGGAGUGCGAGGAGCAACAAAGUAGGAACGGAGGUGGCUAUAGCAAGGAGUGAGACGAGUCGAAGAAGCGAUGUCUUGAAUAUGGCUUUUCUGCUCCUCUGCGUCCUUGGAUCUUAUGGCUAAGCUCGAUUUCUCGACUUCUCAUCUAAGAAACUCGCUCGCGGAGAAUGCAAAAUCAAGGGUACGAAGUCGAGAUGCCUCCAUCAUUACCUUAAGUCUGCAUCACCUGAUCUGGAUGUUGGCCCAUGCUUGGUGCCUCAAGUUGCUGUAAGCUCCCCAAUUCUCUUCUUCGCCGAGGCAAAGAUAUCUGGCGCAACAAGAAAAGCCCAAGCAAUCACAAUUACUCAACAUGAAGCAUCUUGCGGCGUGCUUGUCAGCAAACGAAGGCCUGCAGAAUACUCGAGAGUCCGUCUACUCCGAUAUGGAACCUACAAACAGUGCGCCUGACUCCACGCAUGUUGACAAGGCACCUCGUGAGCGCUGCCUCUUCCUCGAGCUCCCGGUGGAGUUGCGCGAUAACAUCUCCGAUGGCCUCCUUGAGCACUUUCCACCAACCAUCUUUCGUAAACCCCGCAAGAAGAUGUCGACCGAGUCUGCUCUGCUCCGAGUGAGUACAGAAUUCCAGCCGCUGCUUCCUUGACGACGACAGCUAAGCAGCGCGGGUCACUGAUGUUGGGCUUUGUUCAAAUCAUGAGGUAUUACGCGAGAAAACUGCCAGGCUGCAAUUUCCGAGGCUUCUUACUGUUGAACCAUGGGAAUGAAAGACAAAGGAUCGUGAGGUAGUUCAGUGCGGUAGCCAGAAAGAAGUUUCUGCUUUCGCCCGAGGUACGCCGUUUGAUGUUUAUCUAGAUUACGCAAACUUUAUCUUGAGCGUCUCCUUCUGCUUGCCAAAAAAAGAGCAAAAAGAACUUCGGAAGCUGACUGAAGAAAUGACGCUACGCCGCGAUCACAUGUAGCCGACCUUCUGCCGUCGGCAAACUUUUGGUCCGUGCAAAGACCCGACUGACCUCAAAUUCCUCUUCGAGCCUUCUUGAUCGAAACAUAGACUUCGUACCCAAGCAGAUGCAAGAUGGCCGCUCUCUCCUCCUCGAACUUCCCCGAGAGCUGCGGGAGAACAUCUACGACAAAUUACUUGAGGACAAGGUCAAUAUAGCGGCGAUGUACGACUCUGCACGCAACCUCGUCGGAGCUCACAAGAUCGUGGCUGGCACUGGGCUCAUUUGCGUGAGCCCAGAGUGUCGGGCGUCUCUGAGUAUUUACUUGUUCCGCUAACCUGUAAGAUCUAGGCCAGUAAGCAAGUCAACAAAGAGCUCAGCGAACGCCAAGACGCCGGGGAAGCACCUGUUCACACGAUCGUGCACAGACUCAAUUUCGAUCGUGUCAUUGAGGCAUCUGAGGACUCAGGACGCAAUUGGGAGCGGCGACUUGAAGUCAAGCUAUCGGCGUCCUGCUAA